AUGGAGAAGCCAGUGGUGCUGGUGGAGCCCAGUGAAGAAUCCCUGGGUGCUCAAGCGAAUCCCCGGCCGCCCGUGGAGAAAAUGGUCAGGGGACCUGCCAUGCGGCAGAGCUCGCGCUCGGUCCUCAAGGUGUCCCAGCUGCUGCUCCGGGCCAUCUGUGCGCACAGAAGGCUGACCAUGCCCACCCUCAGGAAGGAGCUGGGCAAUGCUGGUUAUGAAGUGAGCAGGAGGGUGGGCCGCCAGUCGCGAGGUGGCCCGAGCCGGCCUCAGGGGAAGGGCGCGCUCCUCCGGGUGAGCGGCAGCAACGCCGCGGGCUACUUCAGGGUCAGGAAGGUUCUCAGACCCAAGAAGAAGCCGGCUCGCAGGAGGCUGGAAGAAUCCUCGGUUGGUCUGAGGAGGGUCUUGGCCACUCCCCGGGUCCUGCGGAGGCGCCGCACGCUGCGCAAAGCGGCCAAGAAGGCCAGGGAAGUGUGGAGGCGGGACGCGAAAAGGAAGAGGCUGCGCAAGACGAGAGGCAGGGGCCUGGUGCGUCCCAAGGCCAAGGUGGGAGCCAGACCCAAGGUGAAGGCCAAGGGAAAACCACGGACCAGGAAGGAAGCGCAGAAGCCGGACCCACGAGAGGACGGGAGAGCCAGCUCAAGCUCAAAGCCCCCGGAGAAGAAGAAGCAGGAGACGCCGGUGAAAAGGACCCCCCUGAAGCCAACCCAGGCCAAAACCGACCUCACCUCCACCUCGGUCGGCCAGGGCGUAAAGGCUGCUCAAAAGGCGUCCACUAAAUUCGAAAGCUCCAAACCUGCAAUGGAGACUCCCUAG